AUGAAGACGUCUACAAUUCUCGGUCUCUUUGUUGCCUAUGCAGCUACUGCUAGUGCAAUUCCACUGAAACAAAGAGACUAUCAAGUGGAUAUCACCUUCAUCGGCGCUGCCGAUGCCCAGUUCACUCAAAGCAUCCCUAGUGAUGGGUCUGUUGUCUCGAUUGAAAACCCAUUGAGUAUCUCGCACAUCUCAUCCAAUACUGCCGGGGUUCGGUGCACCUUUACUGGCAUUGAUCACAGCGUGACAAUCGUCAACGGAGCUCAAUGGGUAGAUGUUGGCCCUCCCCAGACCCAGGUGACUGCAUCUUGCCAGGCCCAAGGAUCGGAUUCAUCCCCAGCACCUCCUUCCACUGAUCCUGCUCCGGUUGGAGAUCACGCUCAUGGGGAUGAAGUGCAUGUCACUUUCAUCGGAGCUGCCGAUGGUCAGUUUACUCAGAGUUUCCCGUCCAAUGGUGAAUCGGUUCAAAUUGUGAAUCCUCUGAGCGUUUCCCACAUUCAAACCAGCACCGAGGGUGUCGCUUGUGUUUUCAACGGCAUUGACCACAGUAUCACUACUGCCAUUGGUACCCAGUUGGUCGAUGUCGGACCCCCGCAAACCCAGGUCUCCGGUUCCUGUGCAUGA